AUGCGUCCCAAACGCAUCAUUGAGACUGGAGGGGCUCACAGAGAGCAAAAAUUGACAUGUGAUUCUUCUUGCAGAUCAGUCCCAAAGAACUACCAGCAUGUCCUCUCCUUGGUGUUUGCUGUGAAGGAGAUCAGUGAGAACUCUGAGCUCUUACCCAACAUCACUUUGGGUUUCCAUGUCUAUGAGAACUACUUUGAUGCAAAGAUGACUUACCAGAACACCUUGAAGCUUCUCUGCGGUCAGGAUAUAAUUGUGCCCAACUACACCUGUGACACUGAGAAGAAGAUGGUAACCAUCAUUGGGGGGCUGGACUUGGAAACCUCCCUCCACAUAGCCACUAUCAUAGGCACUUACAAGACUCCACAGGUCACUUAUAGCUUAUUUGCUCCAACAGUGAAUGAUCGAGCCAAGCUCCCUUUCUUAUACCAAAUGGUCCCCAAUGAAGCAUAUCAGUAUGAAGGGAUCGUGCAACUACUUCUGCAUUUCCAGUGGCACUGGGUCGGGCUCAUUGCAACGGCUGACGAUAAAGGUGAAACUUUUUUGCAGAACUUGAUAGCAAAGCUUUCCCUGAAUGGCAUCUGCACUGCCUUGACUUACAGAAUACCCAUCAUGAAAUACUUUUCAGACAUGGUGAACGACUUUGAUAUCACAAAGAAUGAGAUCUUUUUCUUAAGUAAGACCACCACAUUCAGUGUCUUUAUUGUAAAUGCAGACAUUCAGACCAUGCUUGGGUUGAACUGCUAUUUAUCUCUUGAGACAUAUAUGGGAGGUGUGUAUGCUGGCAAGGUGUGGAUUAUGACUGCCCACUGGAGUUUUGAAUUACAGACAUUUCAAAGGGCAUUUGACACAGAUCUGUUCCAUGGUGCCUUGUCUUUAGCAAUUCACUCCAGUGAGGUGACUGAAUUUCAGCAUUUCCUUCAAAGUCUAAAUCCCCACUCAGCAAGAAGAGAUACUCUUACUAGAGUCUUCUGGGAGCAGGCAUUCAGCUGUUUACUUUCAGGUUCUGGAGAAGAGGAUAUGGAGGUACACUGCACAGGGGAGGAACAACUGGAGAACCUUCCUGGGCCUUUAUUUGAAAUGAGCAUGACUGGCCAGAGCUACAGCAUCUAUAAUGCUGUGUAUGCCAUAGCACAUGCUUUGCAUUCCAUGCACUCCUCAAGAUCCAAAUGUAGAGCAGUGACCAAUGGAGCUAUGAUGGAGUCUGAAAUCCUGCAUACAUGGCAGCUUCACCCUUUUCUUCAGACAAUCUCAUUUAAUAACAGUGCUGGUGACACAAUAUCUUUCAAUGAGAAUGGUGUGUUGACAGCUGGCUUUGAUAUUAUAAACUGGGUUACUUUCCCAAACAAAUCUUUUAAAAGAGUGAAGGUAGGAAGGAUGGAUCCCCAAGCACCAGGCAGAGAGUUCACUAUUAAUGAGGAUAUUAUCACCUGGCACAGCACAUAUAAUCAGGUUCUGCCUCUUUCUUUGUGCAAUGACAACUGCCAUCCGGGCUAUAGAAAAACAAAGAAGGAAGGACAGCCAUUUUGUUGCUAUGAUUGUGUUCCAUGCCCAAAAGGGAAGAUGUCUGACAACAAGGACAUGGAUGACUGUUUCGCUUGUCAAGAAGCUCUGUAUCCAAACUCCAAUAAAAAUGGAUGCCUUCCAAAGGAUCUACACUUCCUAUCUUUUGUUGAACCUUUGGGCAUCAGCUUGGCCAUUUUGGCUCUGACUUUUUCUGCUGCCACAGUUCUGGUGCUUGGAAUCUUCAUCAAACAUAGGAAGACUCCCAUCGUCAAAGCCAACAAUGAGAACCUCACCUACACUCUUCUCAUCUCCCUCCUGCUCUGCUUCCUCUGUUCCUUGCUAUUCAUUGGCCGUCCCCAGUUGCUGACUUGCUAUCUACGACAAACAGCUUUUGGAGUAGUCUUCUCCAUGUCCAUUUCUUCCAUCUUGGUAAAAACUCUUACUGUGGUUCUGGCUUUCAUGGCCACAAAGCCUACAUCCCAGAUAAGGAAAUGGAUUGGGAACCGGUUUACAAUCUCUCUUGUUCUCUGCUGCUCAAGUAUUCAAGCAAGCAUUUGCAUGAUAUGGCUAUGUGCCGACCCUCCUUUCCCAAAUUUGGACAUGCACUCCUUGCCUGAAGAAAUCAUUGUGGAAUGCCAUGAAGGAUCAACCAACAUGUUCUACUAUAUUCUUGGCUACAUGGGAUUUCUGGCUUUUGUCAGCUUCACUGUAGCUUUCUUUGCUCGGAAGCUGCCGGAUACUUUUAAUGAAGCCAAGUUCAUCACCUUCAGUAUGUUGGUGUUUUUCAGUGUGUGGGUCUCUUUUGUUCCAGCUUACCUAAGCACCAAAGGGAAAUACAUGGUGGCUGCAGAAAUUUUCUCCAUCUUGGCCUCCAGCGCUGGAUUGUUGGGCUGCAUCUUUUCCCCCAAAGUAUACAUAAUUCUUUUGAGGCCUGAACUGAACAGAAGAGAGCAGCUAAUAAGGAGUAACAAGAAGAAAAUAAACAUCUGA